AUGCUGGAUUAUCAGACGCCACAUCCCGAAGAAGCGGAUCUCUUCUUCGCCAGUAUAAAUUCCUCUUCGCAUAGCAACUGUCAACGCUUCAGAUGGGCAUUCAUGCCUCAAGAGGUGUCGCCGGUGGCCGAGCAGGAAGCCGCCUAUCCUUUGGCCUUUACCAUCGUCGCCCACAGAAAUGUCCGCCAGUUGGCACGUCUACUUCGCAUGAUCCAUCGUCCCGCCAACUUCUACUGCAUCCACAUUGACCGUCGAAGCGCACCGGUGUUUAGCCAAGCAGUGGAGGGGAUUGCAACCUGUUUUGGAUCAAAUGUGCACGUGGUACCAACGGAGUCCCGAGUGGCGGUAACUUGGGGUGAUGCCACUGUGUUGAAACCGCAGCUUUUGUGCGCAGAAAUGGCUCUGAAGCAGUCCGGCUGGCGAUAUCUGCUGAAUCUAGCAGGGGAGGAGAUGCCCCUGCGGACCAAUCUAGAGCUGAUCGCGGCAAUGCAAGCACUGAACGGAUCUAACCUGGUGGAGGGUGCAAGGUUAGGAAGCUACAUCUAUCGAACUGGGGGUGUUAAAUUACCGAACCAGAUCAAUCGAAGUAUUCCGAAAUAA